AUGGCCGCCCUCUCGCCCGAUCCUGGGUCCUACAUCCAGUCCAUCCUCGACACCGACCUCUACAAGCUCAGGCAGUACGCCAUCCUCGAGCUGUACCCGGACGUCGACGUCAAGUACCGCUUCACCAACCGCGGCGGGACCCGCUUCACGCGCGACAUGCACGCCGCCGUCUCCAAGGCCAUCCAGCACCUCGAGACGCUGUCGCUCACGCCCGCCGAGCGCGCCUUCCUCGAGCGCCGGUGCCCCUACUUCCCGCCCUCGUACCUCGACUACCUCUCGUCGUUCCGCUUCCGCCCUUCGUCCCAGGUCCGCCUCACGUUCGUCCCCCUCGAGUCCGAGUCCGACCCCGAGGGCGAGUGGGGCUCGUUCGAGCUCGAGGUCGAGGGCACCUGGCUCGAGACGAUCCUGUACGAGGUGCCGCUCAUGAGCAUCAUCUCCGAGGCCUACUUUACCCACGUCGACACCCACUGGGACUAUGUCUACCCCGACGGCUCGCUCGGCAUCGCCCUCACCGACACGUUCACGACCAAGCCCUUCUUCGACGACUUUGUCGCCAACCCGGAGCGCGCGCGGCGGUGGAAGGGCCUCCGGCAGGACUCGGGCGACCCGCUCAAGUUUAUCCCGGUCGCAAAGGAGGCGUUCGAGAGGGUUGGGGCCGACCCGGCAAAGAAGGUCGUCGUCUUCUCCGACUCGCUCGACGUCGAGCGGUGCAUCAAGCUCAAGAAGGCGGCCGACGCGGCUGGGAUCGGCUCCUCGUUUGGCGUCGGGACCCACCUCACGAACGACUUCCGCCGCGUCGACGAGCCUGUCUUGCAGGACGAGCCGGGCGCAGGGCCCGUGCGCACCGAGGGCGAGAGCUCCAAGGCGCUCAACAUGGUCAUCAAGCUCUACUCGAUCGCGGGCCAGCCAUGCGUCAAGAUCUCGGACGAGCUCACCAAGAACACGGGCGACCCCGAGGCGGUCGCGCUCGUCAAGCAGCGGUUCGGGCUCGAGGCGCACGGCGGCGAGCCGACCGAUAGUCGGUGGGGCCCGACCGUCUGACCUCUCCCUCGC